GAUAAAUUGAAAUGAGAGAGGGUAAAUAAAUUGCCAUAUAAUGUGUUUAAACAUAAUGCUUCUCACAAAGUCAGCAGGAUUCAAAAGUUGAUUGGAAAGAAGGAAACACGCGUGAACAUGUUCAGGGGUUCUUCUGUUUUAUGCUUUUUCUUUUUUACUUCUGUGUUUAAUUGUAAUUUGUAUUAUAUAACUUUUUUUGUGAAUGGUGUUAGUUUAUAUUUGAGAUAAAGGACAUGCUUUAGAGGACAGGCCAAAUACUUUAAAUCCUCGAUCUUUUGAGCUUCAAAGUUACAUUUAUUCCAUUUGAACUGUGCAAAUUGGCUUUUUUUCUUUUUAAUAAUGCACUGCUUUGAUGCAGUCAUGAAGCUGCAGGCUUCAGUUUUGCUCCAGCAUGUAUAAUGUAAUAGCUAUGAUUCACUGAGGAUUCCUCCUGUGUGUGAGAUGGAUGAAGAGAAUUUAAGCAGCACUGAUCGAUAAACCAAACAGAUCGGUGAAUGACUGUACGGUCUGCAAAGGACAGCCGUCACUGACAUGAAUGCAUUUCAUUUUUUUAUACUUCCUGUAAUGUCAUAAAUUGUGUGUGUCUAUUAAAUUGUAAUGUGUCAGUCAGUAAGACUGAUGUCAGCUUUUCAUUUGAGGUUUUAGGAAACUGAGCACAAUUUAGAUGUGCAAAAUAAUAAAGAAAUCUUUAACAUUAUAUUCUGGAAGAUCACAUUUGUUAUCUUUAGCAUCACAAGUGACAAAACACAGCUAAACAUUUUAUUUUGAUAUUUUAUCAUUUGCUUUUUGCAUUUCUAAAGACUACUUUUCAUAUCUGGAAUCAGAAUGUUUUUUUUAACAGCCAUGUGAUCAAACUUCUUGUUAUCACAGGCAAUAGUUGUUUUGCCAGUUUCAUUUACGGGGAAACUGAAACCAAGUGAGAGUUUCCUCUACACUCUCUCUCACGCACACACACAGAUCUGACACUCGACAGCAGCAGACUAACAGAGGGCUUUGGACAUCCUAAUUGAGAGUCAAGUGGACCCAGGAUGAUGAAGAUGUUGGGAAGAGUCACUUGGUGCUGUGUAGCUCUGCUCCUCGCCCUGACCUCUGUGUCAGCUGUACAGAAGACGCUCAAAUCAAUCAAUGGUUUGAAGAAAAUCAACUUCGGCAAAUCUGUGCCCAAGCACAGUCUUCUGCUGCUCCACUGGUUUGCCAACGAGAUCGACAUCGACAACAACGACAUUAUACAGCUGACCUUUGACCCAAACAGUGGAGCAUAUGGUUCCCAUCAUUAUGGCAACUAUGAGGAUCUGCUGGACCCACUGCCUUGGGGAAAUCAACACAGGUACUACACUAUUGGAAAUCUCCAUCAGGGAACGUCAAUCCAACUUCCUUCUUAUGUUGUCGAUCCCAUAAUUGAGGAUAUGGGAAGAAACAUGGACAGGAUCAUAUUUCGGGUCAGGGAGCCAAACAUACAAGCUUACCAGACGAUAGACCAAGUGUUUAUCACACAGCAUAUUCCACAUCAGGGCACACUUUAUGAUCCAGCUCAUACCUACAGGAUUGAUAUUAACCUCCUGAGAGAGAUCAGAGAGUUUUCUAUGGGAGAAGACCAACAGCCACUGUCGUAUCUCAGAAACCGCUUUGGAAGCAGCGCUGACGAUCUCGACAUCAAAAACAAAUGGGGUCACCUUGCUUGCCUUGGACUGCUGCUGUAUAUUGUGAUCCAGGAAAAGCACUCCUCUAAGCAACAAAACAACCGCCCGGAAAACAGGAGAAAUCCUAGUAAUGAGAGAGAGCCUAGAAAGUUCCAAAACCAGGAUCAUGUUGUAUUGGAUUUCAACGAUGAAGAGGACGGCGUAGCCAGCAGGCUAACAGGAAACAGAGAAUCAGACUGUUGGAACCCCUUACAAUCCUGUAGGUCUUGUUUUUUCUGCAUAAUUGUAUUGGGUAUAAUUUUUUUUCUGUUAAAAGAUAAGAUAUACAAUUAUUUAUCUUGAGGGCUCCUAGGAAGAAAACCAAGACUACUUUUGUAUCUAAGAAACUGCGCUGGAAGCAACACUGAUGAUUUCUACUUCACAAACUGUAAAAAAACAAAACAAAAAACAGACUGAUUGGGGCUCUGCAUUAUUUUUUUUUGUCUAUUUCUGCAUUUUGAGUGCAUUUAGAAACAAAGAUAACAUUAAAACGGGGAGUGUAAAGAUAUUGUUUAACACCUGAACAUCCUGCAAGGGUUGCUCUGAUGUAUGUCUUGUUACGUCUCCAUACUUUUGAUUUCCUUUGUGUACUAUUUCAUCUUUUUGGUGAAUGUUGUUUUGGUAUAACAUGCUUUUGAUGACAAGUUAAAUUCUUUAAUCUUCAAAUCUCAAACUGUGCGUUAUGAAAGGCUGACAGUCUUUAGAACUUAAUAGCUCAAUUUAUUCAAAAAUACAGUUAGUAAAUAACAGCAGGGUUUUUUCUUUAUAAUUUGAACUGAACACAUUGGCUUUUAUUUCACAUUAUAACGCACUGCUUUGGCACGGUAAUAAAGCUCUAGGGUUCAGCGUUAAUAAUCCAAGAGCAAUGAUUAACUCAUGAUUUGCACAAUGUCUGAUACAGAUGAAAAGAACACGAUUUCACUUUAAAAAAAGGAAAGGUAUGUUAACGGCUCUAAGGUCCGUUAAGGACAGCUGUCACUGACACCAACGUAUUCCAUUUAGUGCCUUUUUUACUUUCUGCAAUGUUGUAGCACAAGUGAGAUACAUUUGAAGUUGCAUUGUGAAUCAUCUGGUUUGUUCUCUUUGAAAGCAUAUAUAACAAGAGCUGCUAUUGCCAGUAUGUUUCUGUCUUUACCUCCCAGAGAGUCAAAUAAAGACUUUUCGCAGGCAUGUCAACAAACGCAGCCAAUUCCUUAUCUUUCAAAUUAAAGGGCUUUUGUCAAUGGGCGACACGCUCAAUCACUAUUAUGUUUCCUCAUUCGGCAAAAAACAGUGACGUGACAUAACAGUGUAAUGGAAAUAAAUUGUGUGUGUUUAUUAAAUUUGAAUGUGUUAGUAAGACCGAUGUCAGCUUUUCAUUUGAGGUUUUAGGGAACUGAGCACAAUUUAGAUGUGCAAAAAUAAUAAAGACAUCUUUAACAUUAUCUUCUGGAAGAUCACAUUUGUUAUCUUUGGCAUCAAAAGCGACAAAAUGCUGCUAUACAUAUUUUAUCAUUAUGCUUUUUGCAUUUCUAGAGACUACUUUUCAUAUGUUGAAAUCAGAAUGUUUUUUCAAACACUUGUAUAUGAUCAAACUUCCUGUGACCACCAGCAGCAGUUGUUGUUUUGCCAGUUUUAUUUACGGGAAACUGAAACCUAGCAAGAGUUUCCUCUAUAUACACACACACACAGAUCUGAUACUCGACAGCAGCAGAUUAACAGAGGACUUUGGAAAUCUUAAUUGAGAGUCAAGUCCCAGGAUGAUGAAGAUAUCAGGAAGAGUCACUUGGUGCUGUGUAGCUCUGCUCCUCGCCCUUACCUCUGUGUCAGCUGUACAGAAGACGCUCAAUAAAAUCAAUGGUUUGAAGAAAAUCAACUUCGGCCAAUCUGUGCCCAAGCACAGUCUUCUGCUGCUCCACUGGUUUGCCAACGGGAUCGACAUCGACAACAACGAUAUUAUACAGCUGACCUUUGACCCAUACAGUGGAGAUUAUGGCUCACACCAUUAUGGCAACUAUGAGGAGCUGCUGGACCCACUGCCUCAAGGAAAUCAAUACCAUUACUACACGAUUGGAAAUCUCCAUCAGGAUACGUCCAAUCCACUUCCAGCGUAUGUAGCGCAUCCCCAGAGGGAUUAUGAAGGAGAAAAUAGGGACAGGAUCAUAGUUCGAGUCAGGGAGCAAAACCGAAGGCAAGCUUACCAGAUGAUAGACCAAGUGUAUAUCACACAGCAUUAUGACACUUCGGAAAAUCAGGGUACACCUUAUGAUCCAGAUCAUACCUACAGCAUCACCACUAACCUCCUGAGACAGAUCAGAGAGUUUGCUCUGGGACAAAACCAAUUGUUGUAUCUCAGAAACCGCUUUGGAAGCAGCGCUGAUGAUGUACAAAUCAGAAACGCAUGGGGUCCCCUUGCUUGCCUUGGACUGCUGCUGUAUAUUGUGAUCCAGGAAAAGCACUCCUCGAAGCAACAAAACAACCGCCCAAAAAUCGACAACAAACCAGAAGACAACAUCAGAGCUGAAAGCGACCAUACUGAACAAAACAGAAGAAAUCCUAGAAAUGAGAGAGAGCACAAUGUUCCUAGAAAUGAGAGAGAGCACAAUGUUCCUAGAAAUGAGAGAGAGCACAAUGUUCCUAAAAAUGAGAGAAAGCACAAUGUUCCUAGAAAUGAGAGAAAGCACAAUGUUCCUAGAAAUGUCCAAAACCAGGGUUAUGUUGUAGUGAAUGUGGACGAUGAGGACCAUGUAGCCAGCAGGCGACUGAUAAACACAGAAUCAGACUGUUGCAACACCUAUAAAUCCUGUAUACAAUUUUUUUUGUUUUGUAUUGCCUGCAUAGUUGUAAUUGUAUCGGUUAUAAUCAUUUGGUCUUUUGUUAUGAAAAAUUAAGAGAUCCAAAAAUGUAUCUUGUAGGCACCUGGGAAGAAAACCAAAACCCACUUGUGUAUCUAAGAGACUGCUCUGAAAGCAACACUGAUGAUUUCCACCUCACAAACACCGUUUUAAAAAAAAAGAACUACAAACCAGAAAACAGACUAAUUGAUUGGGGCUCUGCAUUAUUUUUUUUAUUUUGUUGUUGUCUAUUUCUGCAUUUUGAGUGCAUUUAGAAACAAAGAUAACAUUAAAACAGGGAGUGUAAAUAUAUUGUUUAACACCUGAACAUCCUGCAAGGGUUGUUCUGAUGUAUGUCUUGUUUCGUCUCCAUACUUUGGAUUUCCUUUGUGUACUAUUUCAUCUUUUUGGUGAACGGUGUUAGUUUAGAUCGACAUAUAGACUUGGUAUACAGUAACAUGCUUUGAAUGAAAAGUUAAAUUCUUUCAUCUUCAAAUCUCAAACUGUGCGUUAUGAACAGUGCGUUAGUCUUCAGGGCCCAGUAGUUCAAAACUUUUAAUCUCAAUCAGAUCCGAUGAGAUUUUGAAAUCCCAUUUUUUGUGAUCCAGGAUCAGACAACUCGGCCAGAUUUUGUCCCAGUAUUUCAAAGCAAUUCAGGAUAGGAUCACCCUGAUCCAGAUUCAGACUUUUCAAGAUUACUAGAUCCUGAAUAUCAGUGCUUUAAUCCACCGAUCUCCAUCUAGUGGAUAUUGAAAAAUAAUUACAAGGGAAGACACCACAUUGCAGAGACAUCUAUUGUCCGCAAUUACUUUUGAAAGAUGAAGACAGAUGACUUUUUUUGUUGAAGAUAUUUUUUCUUUAAUCUAAAUUACAUUUGUGCUCGACAAUCUUUGUUGUGAUACUUUUAUGAGCAUAAACAUUUGUCAUCAACAUUUGGUUGGUUGGUAGGCCACCACAAACGUGACCAAAAAUUGAAAAAUAAAAUUGAUUUGCCAUGAAGGCUAAACAUUGUGUAUUAUUUAAGUUAACAAACUUUGCCAUCUAACUAACCAAAAUCCAAAUCUGAUCCGAUCCGAUCAGAAUUAAAAGUUUUGAACUACUGGGCGCAGGAUAUUUAGAACUUCAUAGCUCAAUGUAUUCAUAAAUACAGUUUGUAACGGCAGGGUUUUUUCUUUAUAAUUUGAACUGAACACAUUUGCUUUUAUUUCAUAUUAUAACGCACUGCUUUGACACGGUAAUAAAGGUCUAGGGUUCAGCGUUAAUAAUCCAAGAGCAAUGAUUAACUGAUGACCUUUACAAUGUCUGAUACAGAUGAAUAGAAUAAAAUGUCACUUAUUAAAAAAUGAAACUGUGUGAAUUA